AUGGGCGAGGUGUUUCGAGACAUCGCAGCCAUUGCGCCACACAUCGCCUCAUCAGACACUGUCAUCGUUCGACCCUAUCUCACUCCGCAAUGCGCACCGACUCUGGAGGAGUAUCUCGGCGCAUGUAGACAUGGAGACAAGGCUAAGCUACAGAAGACCUUCAUGAACGCACUUACCGUGUGCUCACAGCAAAAGUCGAUUGAUAAGCUCAUCAUUGAUCUGGCAAGUCCGCUGAGGGGAGAGCUCUCAAGAUUUGUAAAGUCAGGAGCAGGAAUAAACUGGCUGAGAAGACAAAACCGAUUCAUCAAGAGGAUCAUGGGUCAGGUGCGCAUUAGGCAUUCGGACAUAAAUCAUAUGAACAAGCUCACGGCCCUAGGUUCAGGAAACCAGGAGAAUAUCGCGAAUCUGUUCUGA